CAACCAUUCCAAUGGGUGGAACUAGCAAGUACGAGUACCAACAAUAUGGCCACUAGCGUUACAACAGUGGACUGCCACAAACAAGUCAGAUCAUGGAGACUGUUACGUUCUCUCAUGCAACUAUUAAUCCCAACUUGCAACCGUUCCACCAUUCUUGAAGAUCAAGAUUCAAUAUCAAACAAAAUUCACCAACACUCCAACUAUACUUCUUCACUCACAACAUCCACCACAAUCACAGGCACAAUAUUUGGAUACCGCAAAGGAAAAAUAAGUUUCUGUAUUCAACCAAACUCAAACUCCACAACACCGAUUCUCCUCUUAGAGCUAGCAGUACCAACGAGUACUCUAGCUAGAGAAAUGCGAGGAGGAACACUGAGAAUCGCGCUAGAGAGUAGCGACGACAACGGAAGAUCUUCGCCGCUGUUGUCGACGCCAUUUUGGACUAUGUACUGUAAUGGAAAAAAGGUUGGUUAUGCUGUUAAAAGAAAGGCUUCAAAUACUGAUUUUGAAGUUCUUAGUUUGAUGAGUUCGGUUGAUGUUGGAACUGGAGUAAUGAAGUGCAGAGAAGAAGAUGAUGAAGUUAUGUAUCUGAGAGGUAGCUUUAAGAGAGUUGGUGGUGGAUCUUCUGAAUGUGAAUCUUUUCAUUUGAUUGAUCAUGAGAGAGAUCAUAAUGUUCAUCAAGAACUUAGUAUUUUCUUUUUCAGGUCAAGGUGAUAAUUAAUUAAUUACUUUGACCUUUCAUUUUUUUUCUUCUUAUGGUGAAUGGGGCAUUUAUUAUUAACGUACAAUAAAUAAAUAUACUAUAUGCUCCAUAAA